AUGAUGACAGACGACAGUGGAUUUAAUUUCAAUUAUUGUCAACGACUCAUUACUAUUUCUUCAGCUGUGGCAACAAUGGAUCUCACAUUCAAGCACGGUGUGGUGUUGCUGGAUCAACUGAGGAGGAUGCGGGAGUCUGAACAUCUGACAGAUGUGGUGUUGGUUGCUGAGGGCAUCAGCUUCCCUUGCCAUAGAGUCGUGCUCUCGGCGUUCAGUCCAUAUUUUCGAGUCAUGUUCACGUGUGGCCUUCGGGAGUGCCACAACAGAGAGAUCUUUCUGAGGGACACUCCAGCAGACAGCCUGGCUCUCCUCCUGAACUACAUGUACUGUGCAGAUCUGCCUCUGACUAACGAUAACGUACAGGGCAUUGCUGUUGCCUCUUUUCUGUUGCAGAUGGAUGAUGUUUUUAACCGCUGCCGGCAACACAUGACAGAGAACAUGGACGCCUCUAACUGCCUGGGUGUGUACUACUUUGCCCGUGACCUUGGGGCAGAGGAAUUGGCUGACAAUGCACAUGAUUACCUGAGGAAGCACUUUGUUGAAGUGUGUCAAAAUGAUGAGAUUCUUGACCUGGAAGCCCAUCAGCUUGGCAAACUUAUCUCAUCAGAUGACCUCAAUGUUUUUAGAGAAGAAACAAUAUUAGAUGUGGUUCUUCGCUGGGUGAACCAUGGAGGUCUUUUGGAUGAGGAGAUACGUGGUCGUCACCUCCCAGAGCUUCUGAGGAGAGUGCGGCUGCCUCUCAUAAAUCCAGAUUAUUUGAGAGAAAGUAUGAAGAGGAACACAGCUCUGUUGGCUGAUUCUGAAUGUCUAGAGAUGUUGAACAUGGCUUUGGAUGUCACAGAAAUGCAUCCUUGUUCUGCACCGCGAAAACUCAAGCUGAGGUAUGGCAUGGAGACGACAGAUCUGCUGCUCUGUGUGGGCAAUGACAGUGAUGGAAUAAGGUCAAGAUAUGGCAACUAUUGCGAGCGCAGUUUUUGCUUUGCUCCAUCUACAAAUCGAAUUUAUUAUAUGACCUCGCCUUCAUACGGAGAUGCUUUGGGACACGUUGGUGCUGGGGUUGUGACAGAAAAAAAUGAUAUUAUUGUGUCAGGAGAGGCAAACGCUCGCAAAAUGUCUCGACAAAGAGAAAUAAAUGUUGAGAUUUUCAGAUACAAGGUUGAAGCUCAAGGAACCUGGGAGCGGAUGACAUCUGCGGAGUACCGUGACUCCUAUGGUUUAGCUUCACUUGGGGACACUCUGUAUCUUGUGGGUGGAUUAAUGAAGUUGAAGAACCAGUAUCUCAUCACUAACUGUGUGCAGCGCUGGUCCCUACAAGGAGGCCCUUGGCGCAGUGCAGCCCCUCUACCCAUUCCCUUGGCCUAUCACAGUGUUGUCAAGAUGGAUGAGCGCAUUUAUGUCAUGGGUGGUCGAACCCCAGAGCCGUAUCGUUUGGAUGAUGAACCUGAGCGCCUCAGUAACCGCCUCUUGGAGUAUGACCCAAGUUCAAACAGGUGGACAGAACUAGCUCCUAUGAAGUACUCAAAGUACCGCUGUGCAGCCGUGGUACUCAAUAGGGAAAUAUAUGUGAUGGGAGGCAUAGGGUGUGAAGGUCUAGACCGAGGUCAGUCCCGUCACUGUCUUGAUGCUGUGGAGAUUUAUAACCCGGAUGGAGACUUUUGGAAAGAGGGACCUCGGCUUCCAUGUCCCCAACUUUCACUGCGUACCAAUGCUUCGAAUGCAGGAGUGGUGGGAGAGAAAAUUUAUAUUUGUGGAUACUAUAGAGGAGCAGAUCGACAUGAUAAUAUAAGAAAGGACAUUCUGGAGUUGGAUCCGAAGGAGAAGCGGUGGACAGUGGUAGCUCACUGCACUCUAAUGCAUGACAACUAUGAUGUUUGCCUUGUAGCAAAGCUCAACCCGAGAGGACUCAUGUCCCCGCCAGCAGAUCUAAUUAAGCAAUGA